AGGAGGAGAAGCGGAAGCGGAAGCAGCGAAACAUGGUAGCAAGCUAACUUGAUAAACAUAACGCUGAGCCUUAAAAGCUUGGCGUUAAACAAUGUACCAGUCAAGAUGGGGCAAACCCUGUGCAUAUGCUCCCGUGGCUCUCUCACCAUCGACAACAAAAAAUAUUACUUUGUCCAGAAGCUAGACGAAGGUGGCUUCAGUUACGUUGAUCUGGUAGAGGGGGCAAAGGAUGGGCGCUUCUAUGCCCUGAAGAGAAUCCUGUGUCAUGACCGUGAAGGCCGCCAGGAGGCUCAGACAGAGAUGGAGAUGCAUCAGAUGUUCAAUCACCCCAAUGUCUUGAGCCUGGUUGCACACACCUUUGUCGAUCAUGGAGGCAAGAGUGAAGCCUGGCUGCUUCUGCCUUAUGUUAGAAAAGGAAGUCUGUGGUCUGUUCUGGAGAAGCUAAGGGACAAAGGGAGCUUAAUGCCUGAAAAACAGAUUUUGCAAAUCUUUCGAGGAAUCUGCUCUGGACUAAAGGCCAUUCAUGAAAAAGGCUAUGCACACAGAGACCUAAAGCCCACAAAUGUGCUUCUGGAUGAGGAUGACAGGCCAGUUCUGAUGGAUCUCGGCUCAAUGAAUCGUGCCAGGAUUGAGGUUAGAGGAUCCAGAGAAGCCAUGACCAUACAGGAUUGGGCAGCCCAGAGGUGCACCAUUUCCUAUAGGGCUCCUGAACUCUUCAAUGUAGAGAGCCACUGCAUUAUCGAUGAGCGCACUGAUAUCUGGUCACUUGGCUGUGUGCUUUACUGCAUGAUGAUGUUGGAGGGUCCAUACGAUCUGGUGUUUCAGAAGGGGGACAGUGUUGCCUUGGCUGUCCAGAAUCCAGUGACCAUCCCACAGUCUUGCAGUUAUUCAGAGGGUCUGCAGAUGCUGCUGAGCUCCAUAAUGGUUUCAAAUGCCCAGGAGAGACCAAACAUCAACUGGGUUCUUGACCAGGUACAGGACCUGCAGAGUCGGAGCCCGAACACCCAAACCAACAUGGUCUGAUGUUGGACGGUGCACUAGGUGUGGAGUCAUGGAGACCUUUGCACACUCUUAUUUCCAACUUGAAAUAAUUUCUUUUAUUUAUUGACUUUAAUGUAAAAGCUAAGGUACCAGUUUUCACUCAUAUUGGGGAGCUUGGCAACAGUAUCAGCUUUUAGUUUGAAUGAUCCAUUCCAUCACAGAACAUUGUUGUAGUCCUUAAAGAUUUACCAAAUGAUCUGAUUAAUCUAAUUUGCCUUAAGUGUAAUUUGUCCCAGAAGUAUGAUGCUUUUGGCAGUGGUCAUAUGAUGAAGUGGCUUUACCUUGUUUUGAAAAAUAUAUUUAUUGGCCGUCUCAGAGAGUUGCAUAAGAAGAUGGAUACAACGCUCAUACCGGUUAGUUCAAAGUGAAGCAGGAGCCAGCAGCCUGUUAGUUUAGUUUACAAUUGGAACUGGAAAAAGAGGAAAACAGCUCCCCCUCUUCGAAGGCAACAACAUAGGCCAACGAGCACUUUUAAUGCUCAUUAAUUAUCAUGAUAUAUCUUGUUGGUUCAAUCAGAUUGUAUUAACAAGAGAUAACAUGUUAAUUAGUAAGCUUUAAAAGCUUAGUCAGGUUGAUUUCACCUUUGGAUGGAGCAGUUCCAGUUUUUAUGCUAAGUUAAGCUUACCAGCUAGUGGCAGAAGUCUUAGCAAAAUGCGUAUCUCUAGCGUAUAACAGUUUUCGUCUUAAAGUGUAGUUUGAAUUUUUUAUGAGAAAAGGGACAACAGAAAAGCUUUGCCAAACUUUCCAGUGGAAGAAAGCUACCAGAGUUCAAUGCAUAUCGGAAGACGUUCCCUACCGAGAAGGAAUAUAGUCCCUUUCUCUUGAUCCUAAUUCCUCAGUUUUGUGUUUGUAACAUCUCGUGGGUUACACAUGUGGGCUGUAAUCUACAGUGUGUACCUCCAGCUUUUCACCACACCCUUGUUCACACUAUUUUUGCCUGAACUGAGGAAAAGUUAAGCAGCAGAGAGCUCUUGACCUGCAGUACUGCAUUUGAACACACAAAGGUGCUCCACCAUCACAGUCCCCCUUGCCACAUAGUCACAUGGUGAUUCACCAUGUUUGUGUGUCUGUAUGAAUUGACAUUUCAUAAAACACAGCAACACAGUAUCUGCUUGCACGAAAAAUGUAAUAAAGAAGACGUUGUCAGGAGAAGAAGUUGUUACACACCGAAACGGAGGAGAAAGAAAUUUUAAACAGUUUAGGGAUAACCUGAAAAUGUUUAAAUUUACUGCAAGUCAUAUGUGGCAUUGCAGGUGGACCCGUUUUACUUAAUUUUUCUCUGUGUUGUGUUUUUAAACAGUUCAGUAUUUUCCAUUCCAGCUCGUGUUUAAUUGGGACUUUCCUGUCAUGUGUGAAUGCCGCCUCACACUUUUGUUCUCUCAGGGGUACACCCACAUCUCAAAGGGUCUAACGGUCUUUCUUUGUAGACCCAAGUGGUACCUUUAAAACUGUUAUUAGACAAAAGUAAUAUUUUGGGCAUUUAAGUUUGAUGCUUUUGUGACUGUAAUGCAGUGAUUAUAGGACCAUAUGAAACUGAAAACUGUCCUUGAUAGUUAACUUGUAUGGUUAAUUGUUGGAAUGUAUUGGAAUGGUAACUGACACGCUGCUUAAAUUUAUUAUCUUUUAAUGCAAAGUUUAGAUAUGUUAAAUGAUUAUAAACUUUUGUGUAACUGUUAAUGGUAAGCUAAUAAUGGUCUGAUUCCGCUGAUAAGAAAUUUUCUAAGUGUAUUGGUGAAGAUCCCAAAUAUUAAUAAGAAUGUGUUUUGGAAAGUUAUGUUGAAAUUAUGUUUCAUCUCUUAUUCACUGCACAGUAAAGGAUAAAUAAACAUGAAAAUGUAGCACUAUGUAUACAGUUUUUAAUAUAAUUGUGAAAUAAAAUGGCAUCUUACACUUAA